AUGAUCGAACAGGAUAUAAAGGAGCUCAAAUCGCAGCACACAGACGACCUGCUCGCCACCUGCUCGGCCGAUAAAACACUCAGCGUGUACGACACCGCGGAUUUCUCGGAGCUGCCCGGCUCUCCGGUGUCCGGACACGGCUACGGGGUUUACUAUGGCAGCUGUGUGGAGUUUCGACUGGCCUCCUGUGGUCAGGACAGCCAGCUGAAAAUAUGGAUUGUUUCCCAGCGUGAAGGAGCAGCUUGGGUCAUGAAGCGCCUCCACACUGUCACCAGUCAUUCGGCUCCAGUUCUGUCCUGUGCCCUCUCCCUCUCUGAUGGAGAUCUGGUCGUCUCAGGUUCAGUGGAUAAAAGUGUUGCAGUACAUGACACAAACGCGGGAGCCCCGCUCCACACUUUGAAACAGCACGACAGGUAUGUCGCUGCUGUAGCUCUGUCUCCCACCAUGCCGUGGAUUGCAACCGGCUCCAUGGACAGAACGGUGAACGUGUGGAGAAUAGGAGAUGGCUUAACUGGCAAAUGCUUAACAGGGGAUUGUUCGCGGCUGAAUCGAGGCCGACAGAGUGCCGAGCCUCUCAGACUGGGAGACUCCACACACUCCCCGGCAGAGCUGGUGGUACUCUGCUCACUGUCAUGCAGAUCCAGUGAGUGGAUGUGUUGCGUCUGUCGCUUCAACAAUUCGCUCCAGACUGAUCUCAACGACGGCUGGUGCAUCAGCCACGAGCGUUUGAGUGCAAAUGUCCAUCACAGCUACACAGGAAGGAAGUUGCCGGGUCACUUCAGGCCGCUGGUUGCUGAUUGGUCGGAGGGGGAUGUGCAGACUUGGCUGCACGAGGAGGAACUAGAGCCGCUUGUUGGCAACUUUAAAGCCAACAUCGAUGGACCGGAGCUUAGCCGGCUGAACAAGGAAACAGCCUCAGAGCUCGGAAUUGAGUCGGUGGGCCUCCGUCUCCUGAGGAAGAUCGAGGCCUUGAAGGCAGAGCAGAGCGGUUCAGACGCUCCCCAUGAGUUUCUGUGUCCAAUCACCAGAGAGCUGACGAGGGAUCCAGUCAUCUCUGCAGAUGGGUAUUCCUACGAGAGCUGGAUCAGAGGCAAGAACAAAACCAGCACCAUGACCAACCUGCCCCUGCAGACCACACUCCUAACCCCCAACAGGUCUCUGAAGAUGGCCAUCACACGUUGGAAGUCGAGUCAGUAGAGAGCAUCUCGUUUCAGCUUGUUUGUCAGAAUCCACCAAAAAGGUCCUUACUCAUUAAAGUAAAAACUGAUAUAAAGUUUUGUUCAGGGUGAAGCUCAAGAGUCAAAUUUGAAAGAAUAACCUGAAUGUGAGGUUUAAGAUAAGUCGAUCGUAAACAAGACGUUCGUUUUAUUUACAACAACUGAAUAUGCCUGCCAAUGUCAAGGCAAUAUAAUGUAUUGUAUAUAUUUAUAUGUAAUCAAUACUGUGUAUUUUUGAUGACACUCCCACUUUUAAGAAGAUGUAACAAGUGUAGUUCA